ACAAUCCAAGACAUAUAUAAUCAUAUAUGAUGCUGCCGGCCAGAUAUACAAGAACAUUCAUACUCGUCGUUGUCGCUCUUGUCAUCCUCACAACCCUUCUUAUGUUCCAUGAGCCGACAAGGAAGACAUACUUUGACCCAUAUACAGGACAUAUUUUCGAUAGUGGAGGAGUGCAGAACGAAUAUAUCGAAAACCGUCCACCAACGCGCCCACCAGCAUGGGUCGAGCCCCCUCCGGAGGAAGGUGUGAAGGAGAUCCAAGGGGUACAUGGUGGCGUCAUUAUGAGCAAGUUAGGGAAUGAAACUGCAAAACAAGCUCUUGGGAGGGCAACAUGGAAGUUAAUGCACACUAUGACUCUCAGAUUCCCUGAGGAGCCAACAGAGGACGAGAGACACGCUCUUGAAUCAUACUUUCAUCUACAAGCACGUUUAUAUCCUUGCGGAGAGUGUGCUGCAGAAUUCCAAAAACUCUUGGAGAAGUUCCCUCCCCAGACCUCCUCCAGACGAGCAGCAGCCCUCUGGCUUUGCCACGUACACAACCAAGUCAACGAACGACUCGAGAAACCCGAAUUCGACUGUGCUCAUCUUGAUGAGACGUAUGAUUGCGGAUGUGGCGACACACCGAUUUUGGACAAGCCGUCAAAUCCCGAAGGUGGUGACACGGUUGGAUCGGAAGACGAAAGACGGGUAGAAGAGGGAAAUGACGGUGGACGAGAACGGGAACGGGAACAGGAAAGAGAUGAGUUGACCGGAGCGCCCAUAAUCAAGGGCGGCAGGUAGUCGUGCUUUUCAUUUUUUUGGGGGUGUAUUUGUGCCUUUCUACUGUUUUCAUCGGGUCUAUCUUUGGGAUAUUUAUUAGAAAGAACCACUGCUUAGUAGAAUUUAUUUGUUGUAUUUAUACCUUUCCCUCGUUGAAUUCAUCUUGUGAAUGCAUCACAGGGUGAUAACUGU